AUGCAGCGGAAUCUCCUUUAUACAUUGGCUGCUACGCCAGCUUUGGCCUGGACACAGCCAAGGUUUGGGUAUGUUCCUGGAAAUGACUUUGGCAUUCCGCAGAAUGCAUCGUAUGACUAUGUUAUAGUAGGAGGAGGAACUGCUGGCUUGACCUUAGCAUAUCGCUUGGCUGAGUCUGGCACGUACAGUGUCGCUGUCGUAGAGGCGGGCGGCUUCUACGAACAAGACAACGGCAACACUUCUGUCGUGCCAGCGUACUGCACUCGCUAUGCCACCACUACCGUGGAGUCCGCGACUCAGUAUCCGCUGGUAGAUUGGGGAUUUGUUACUGAGGCUCAAGAAGGUCUUGGAGGACGCAGACUGCAUUAUGGGCGCGGUAAGACACUGGGUGGAAGCUCGUCGCUGAACGCCAUGAUCUACAAUAGAGGGACCUAUGGAUCCCAACAAGCAUGGGCAGACCUCGUCGGUGACGAUGCAUGGACCUUUGACAACCUGCUCCCUUACUUCUCUCGCGGUAUCACAUACUGGCCUGGAAAUGCAAAUCUUCGUGCUGCAAACGCGACGGUGCCACUACCAGCAAAUGAAAUGGCCUUCAACGGGACAGGACCGCUCCACGUUUCACACCCUAACUUUGCUCAAAUCUUCGCCAGCUACAUUGACGGAGCCAUGGAAGAAUCGGGAAUUCCAGUCCAACAAGACUUUGCAAGUGGUUAUCUACUAGGCAGGCAGUAUGCGCCCCUUACCAUUGCGUACCCAGAAGAAGAACGCAGCUCUUCUCAAACUUCAUUCCUGCGCGCGGCGCUGCGUAGUGGCAGAACAAACCUAAAGGUUUACCCAAAUAUGCUCGCGAAGAAGAUUGUGUUCAAUGGAACUCUGACCGCUAUGGGUGUAGAGGUGACGUCUUCAUACGGCAACACGAAUACAUUUGUGCUGAAUGCUACACGAGAAGUUAUCAUUUCAGCCGGCGCAUUUCAGUCACCUCAACUUUUGAUGGUCUCAGGUAUUGGACCUCGCGACCAACUGGAAGCACAUAACAUCACUGUCCUAGCAGAUCGAGCGGGUGUAGGAGCAAACAUGGAAGAUCACUUGGAUUUUGCGCCAGUCUUUGAAAUAACGUUACAGAAUGAUGUCGGUGCGACAGCUGAUCCUUCUACUAAUGGCCCAUUGAUCGAGGAGUACCGAGUCAAUCGAACUGGACCCUUCACGAACGCGGGAGCUGACUAUAUCGGAUGGGAGAAGCUGCCAGACACUUACCGCAGUAGUCUCAGCGCCGCUGCCCUUGCGGAUUUAGCACAGUUCCCCGCAGACUGGCCAGAGAUCGAGUACGAAAUUAGCGCAGCCUCCCUUGCUGGAAGCGACCCGACCAAGCGCUUCGGAACCAUUGUUACUGUUCCAGUGACGCCACUGUCGCGGGGGUACGUUAACAUAACAUCUAGCUCUAUGCGCGACCUUCCCCUGGUCAACCCCAACCACCUCUCCCAUCCUACCGAUCGAGAACUUGCGGUGCAGGCUUUCAAGCGCUCGAGGUCGUUCUUUCAUACAGAAGCUAUGCGUUCCAUCGUGAUUGAGGAAUCCAUGCCCGGUGCCAACGUUACUAGCGACGAGGCUAUCUUGGAGUACAUUAUGGCAUCAAGCUACCAGAAUUGGCAUGCGUCUUGCACAUGUAGAAUGGGUCGACCCAACGACCCGAUGGCGGUAGUCGACACACAUGCCAGAGUCAUCGGCGUGGAACGCUUACGGGUUGUCGAUGCGUCGUCCUUUGCGCUGUUGCCACCUGGACAUCCAGAAAGCACUGUUUAUGCUCUAGCAGAGAAAAUUGCAGCUGAUAUAUUGGCGGGGCUUUGA